GCGGGAAUUAGUUACAUACGUGGCGCCACUUCGGCCGCCAUCCUUGGGUUUACGGGCCCUCGCAGAGGUCAAAAUUCCCUGCGCCUGUCCAACUUCCGGGAGUUCCUCAAUCAGGAAGACUUAAGUGAGGCGUUAUGAGUAGCCCGUCCUUCACUGCCGUGAGCCGCUUAGUGCGGACCGAACCUCUGAGCGGGGCGCCUUUGCUGAUGCCCGGCGACCCGUACUCCGUGGUGGUUCUGCUGCAGGGCUACUCCGAGCCGGAGACUGUGGGUGUGGGCGACGCCGUGCGCGCUGACGGCUCAGUCACCCUGGUCCUGCCCCAGGCUUGGGACCCGGAGUCCAGCCAUCGAGAGUCUCUAUCCGCGGGCGGCGAGGCAGAGACAGCCCUGGAGAAGGCGGCGCGUGGCCCCAUUCUCGUGGAUACUGGGGGACCCUGGACUCGGGAGGUGCUACUGGGGGCCCUGGCAGGGCAGGGCUUGUCCCCGGGAGACGUGACUCUAGUGGUCGGGACCCACGGGCACUCGGAUCAUAUUGGAAAUCUGGGGCUGUUCCCAGGGGCAGCUCUGCUGGUCUCGCACGAUUUCUGUCUUCCGGGAGGCCUCUACCUGCCACACGGGUUAAGUGAGGAGCGGCCCCUGCGCCUGGGUCCCGGACUUGAAGUGUGGGCCACACCAGGCCACGGGGGCCAGCGGGACGUCAGCGUGGUGGUGGCAAGCACUGCCCUGGGCACUGUGGUGGUGGCGGGUGAUGUGUUUGAGCGCGAUGGAGACGAGGACUCCUGGCAGGCAUUGAGCGAAGACCCGGUGGCGCAGGAGCGGAGCCGAAGGAGGAUCUUAGGCACCGCCAAUGUGGUUGUGCCUGGUCAUGGAGCCCCUUUUCGGGUGAUCAGGGAAGCCUUUCAGCCAGAAACAAAUAGUUGUGUGAACAGCACACGGGAGCCAGUGGUUGGAGAUAAGGAAAUGAUCGUGCAAGAAUGAGUCUUAAGAUGGACUGGACUUUUGUCAGUGAAGCAAAUCCCUCCAAGGAGAACAUUCAGAAUACAAGGACCUAGUCAGCCCAAAUCAGGGCAGGCAAGGAUGGCUGCUCACUUCCUGCAUUCCAGAAAGCAGUUUUACUAGUCACUCACAAUGAUACUGCCAUCACCAAUAUCACUGCCUGUCUCUGCAACCAAUUUGGUGUGAAGGAUUGGCUCAGGUCUCUGAAUCCUUUGCAGGCUUCAUUAAAAUGAAAAAAAGUUCUUGUGAAGGUCUUCCAAAAUAAAAAUGGAAACUGCUUUAAUAUAAAUUAAAACGUUAAUAAUGAUAA